AUGUUGCGUGCCUAUGUGAAGCGAGUUUCCGCGCAUGGCUUCCAGCCUGGAAUGGCCCACCCUCGCCUUACUCGCAUCAUGAUUCCACACCAGCACUUUCAUACAAGUGCCCCCAACCACUCCUUGCGCCAAAUCGGCCGCUCGUUGUGGUCGACGCGCCUUGUGCGGUACCCCGUCUACGGAGCAGGCUCGAUCGUCUUUUCCAUCAUUGCCAUUCUGGGUGGUCUGAUGGUGUACGACUCGAUGACUUACAAGCAUAUGCCUUCGAGCGACGAAAUCAAGCCCAGGUUUUCCAGCAUGCAGCGCGGCGGUCCUGACAAUCUUCCGGUGCUUGGCCCCGCCGCGUCGGACGAUGAUGCGCCCGACGAAAAUGUGGCGCUCGGUAGCGAUGGCAAGCCCCGCCGCAAGCAGCGGCUUGUGAUUGUGGGGGGCGGCUGGGCUGCCGUCGGCCUGCUUUCAAAAUUGGAGCCCGACGUGUACGAUGUGGUGCUGGUCAGUCCGAACAAUUACUUUUUGUUCACGCCCCUCUUGCCUGCUGUCGCGGUCGGUACGGUUGGAUUCCGUAGCAUUACCGAGUCCUUGCGCAAGCUGCUGUCCUACUGUGGUGGCAGCUACAUGCAGGGCGCCGCUGUGAAGGUGCACGCUGCCGAGAACCUCGACAUGGCGACGCUGGAAAAGACGCAGAACGCUGCUGGCCUCCUGGAAGUCGAGGUGAUUUCCACGCAGUGGGACGGCGAUUUGCAGUACAAGACCGACGAGAAUCAUGGCGAGCUGGUCUACGUCCCGUACGACAAGCUUGUCAUUGCCGUUGGCAGCGUUACCAACUCGCGCGUCGCAGGCGUGGAGCACUGCACAUUUUUGAAGACGAUCCGCGACGCCUACGUGCUGCGCAAGAAGCUGAUAGAAAACUUGGAAGUCGCGGCGCUCCCGACGACCUCGGAGGAGGAACGCCGCAGGCUCCUUUCGUUUGUCAUCUGCGGCGGCGGACCGACGGGCGUGGAAGUUGCCGCGGAAAUUGUCGACCUGCUCUCCGAAGAUGUGAGCUCCGUGUUUCCUGCCUACCUGGCCAAGUACGCGAGUAUCCAUUUGAUCCAGAGCCGGAACCACAUUUUGAACACCUACUCGGAAUCCAUCUCGGAGUUUGCCGAGAAUGUUUUCCGCAAAGACAAUAUCGAUCUCAUUGUCAACUCGUACGUCAAGGAAGUGAAGGAUGACUCGGUCGUGUACACAAUCAAGAACGCCAUGACGGGAGAGGUGGAAGAGCGCAGUAUACCGUCGGGCCUUACCAUCUGGUCCGCUGGCAUCCGCAUGGCAGACUUUACGCGCAUCUUUGCCGAAUCGCUUCCCAGGCAGCACAACAAACACGCACUGGUGGUUGACACGCAUCUGCGUGUGCUUGGCGCUCCGCGCGGAACUGUGUACGCUCUGGGUGACGCAUCGACUAUUGAUAAUGACAUGAUUGGGUUCCUCGAUAAGCAUUUCAGCACCUAUGACAGGGACAAUGACGGAGAACUGACGGUCGCUGAGUUCAAGUACCUUCUCAAUCGCAUCGAACACCGGUUCCCCAUCACUUCGCAUCAGUUGAGGCACAUGGAGAAGCUGUUUGAGAAGUAUGACCAUAACCAUGAUAUGCGCAUCAGCAUCGACGAGCUGCACACCCUGCUGCACGACCUGUCCAAGAGCUUGACGAGUUUCCCACCGACCGCGCAAGUCGCGUCGCAGGAGGGCAAGUACCUUGGGCGCAAGCUGAACUACUAUGGGAAGCUAUACAAUGAGAACCGCUUGCCAGAGCCGCGCGAAGGCGAUGCACUGGCUGCGUUUUUCGAUGUCGAAGACGAGAUUUACAAGCCGUUCCGCUUCCACAGCCUCGGCAGCAUUGCGUACCUCGGAAACGCCGCGGCAUUCGAUCUUCCUUUGCCGGGGCCGUUCCACACAUUCUUUGGUGGCCUUGCUGUCAUGUAUGCAUGGCGCACGGGGUGUACGUAA